ACUGCUUAACGGCUGCGGCUGUUCACAUCAUGUGCUCGUGCAGCGCAACUAUAUAAGCUCGAGCCACAAAGACUGCAAUUGGGACAUUGCCGUAAAUAUCCAGUGUACCUGUGCUCACGCGUGUCGUGAAUCUUUCCGCACGUUCAUUGCCUUUUUCAGUGGGUGUUUAUUUUUGGAGUGACUUUGCGGUCCAUGUGGUGAAGAUUUGUAGUCUAGCCCUCGGAGAGUAAACAUCCCUCGCGGCCUACAGGGCCAAACAAUUUCAAGGGUGUGACGAUUUCUGACCUCUCUACUCUGGCUGUAUGCACAAAGUUGAACCACUUGUCUUCAAAACUCUCUCACUCAGUUCUUGAAUUCGCACUGCAGCUGCAGUGCGGGUGCACUUGCUUUAAUUACAUGCCACCGGACAGGAAUCUCCCGUAGCCCAGGCCUAUUUGGUGUGUUUUAUUUUCUCUACAUAGGCCUAUAGAGGACUACCCACCGUACCGACCAAGUUAAUUAGCCCGCUGUCUAUACUCCUGGAACAGAGUGGCAGACAUGGCAGAGAAACCGACUGAUUUUGGUCCCCUGGUUGGAGCAAUAGAUCAAGGCACAAGCAGCACAAGGUUUCUGGUGUUUGCUAGUAAGACUUCAGAGCUUCUCAGCUUCCACCAAGUUGAAGUCAAACAGUCUUUUCCCAAAGAAGGAUGGGUGGAGGAGGACCCCAACGAGAUCUUGGCCACCUGCUACGAGUGCUUCGAGCGGGUCGUGGAGAACCUUCGCAACAUGAACAUCGACCCGGCCAACAUCAAGGCCGUCGGGAUCGCCAACCAGCGAGAGACUACUGUCGUCUGGGAUCGGGUGACUGGUCAGCCACUCUAUCCCGCGAUAAUUUGGCUGGACACACGCACUGGGACUACGGUGCAGAAUUUGGUAGCAAAGACACCAGGUCAGAACAAGGAUCAUUUGCAGCCGCUCUGUGGACUGCCACUCUCCACGUACUUCAGUGCAGUGAAGCUGCGUUGGAUCCUGGACAACUGCACCGACGUGAGGGCGGCCGUGGCGGAGAACAGGUGUUGCUUUGGUACGGUUGAUUCAUGGCUGAUGUGGAACUUUACAGGUGGCAAGGAGAGGGGCCUGCACGUCACCGACGUGACCAAUGCUAGUCGCACCAUGUUGAUGAACAUCAACACAUUGCAGUGGGAUGACAAACUAUGCAGCUUUUUCGACAUUCCAAAAUCUGUUCUUCCGGAGAUCCGCAGCUCUGCAGAGGUGUACGGCCACAUGAGCUCAGGCGCUCUGAAAGGAGUGCCGAUAUCUGGGAUUCUGGGCGAUCAGCAGGCAGCACUUGUCGGCCAGACCUGCCUGAAGAAAGGCAUGGCCAAGAACACAUACGGCACAGGAUGCUUUCUGCUGUACAACACAGGAGAGGAGCCUGUCCUCUCAAAGAAUGGUCUUCUGACAACAGUUGCCUACAAACUCGGCAAGGAAGCACCAGUUGUGUAUGCACUGGAGGGCUCCGUUGCCAUCACCGGGGCUGCAGUACGCUGGCUGAGGGACAAUCUUGGAAUCAUCAAAGAAGCCAAAGACAUCGAGCCACUUGCUGCUAGUGUAGACAACUGUGGAGGUGUGUAUUUUGUUCCGGCAUUUUCUGGCUUGUAUGCACCCUACUGGCAGACUGAUGCUCGAGGAAUCAUCUGUGGUCUGACCCAGUUCAGCACCAAGGCCCACAUUGCCAGGGCAACGCUGGAGGCAGUCUGCUUCCAAACCAAAGAGCUGCUAGAAGCCAUGGACCAGGAUUCUGGCAUCCCAUUGGUCAGACUGCAAGUAGACGGUGGAAUGACAGCCAAUCAGCUUCUCAUGCAGCUGCAAGCAGAUCUGCUGAACAUCCCUGUUGUUCGUCCAUCCAUGCCGGAGACCACUGCCCUGGGAGCAGCCAUGGCAGCCGGACAUGCCGUUGGGGUGUGGAGCCUGGCAAUGGAAGACCUAACUGCCAUCACCACGGAUACCUACUCUCCAUCCAUCUCAGAAGAUGAUUGCAGUGCUCGUUAUAGUAAGUGGAAGCUGGCCGUGCAGAAGUCCAUGCACUGGGAAGGUGGCGAGACAGCAGCGACUCAGGGUGGUCUCCUGGCAAGCCUACCGCCAGCCUUCUACCUGAUGGCAACCUUUGGCAUGCUGUGCUUGUCCAAAGUCCUUGCUUCAUCAAGAACGUGACAGACAAAGUGGUGUGGAGUCUCACCCUGGGAACCCUCUACCCGUUUGACGUGGGUUUAACUUUUUUCAACUCCCCUCAAACGUACUGUUAAUGCUUGUGGCAGACAGAAGGAUCAUUGGAUUCACCCUGAAUUUUUAAUUGAGUACAUUUUAGGGCCUGUUUGUUUCAUGCAGAUUUGGAGCACGAUUAGUGAUCCGACGUUGGUUCACUGUAACCAGAAACCACCUAAUGGAUGGAGCCAACCAGUGAUGGGAUCGCUGAUUGAGAUCCAGAUCCGUUUGAAACCACCAGGUCCAUAGAAGGUCUGUUGAAUUUAGGAAGUCAAAUGCUUUCUUGCCGUUGGUUUACUACUGCUCUUCCCGAUUCUUCCACACUCUUUAGCAUUUACAUCAAGUAAACGACACCUUAAGAGCCAGGAAUCCUAUAAACUAAUUUGGCGACCGACAUUGGAAUCCAUUACUGCAGUGGCACCAUGCUUGUGGGAAGGUGUUACAGGCGUCCUGAAUGCCUCUUUCAACCACUGGGGGCACUCUGGCAUUUCAGAGUGCAUGUGUCAGGAUCUUAGAGCGCGCAUGUGGGAAUGGUGCCACUGUAGGUAUGGUGUCUCCUUUCGUCUAUCUGACAAACAUGUUAAUGUCUAUGAGCUUGUAUUGCGUAGGUUGGUCCUUUCGGAUCUCAUGGCUGCAUACCUCUUGGUGCUGUCACGGUUCUGUAGAAGGCUAAAAAUGGUAUACCUCAGUUUGGUUUUGGAUAUUCUUAUGUUGCAUGUAUUCUUAUAUUAAAAAGACAGUAGCAGUAUUACUGUAUUCAUUUGCAUGUUUGUAUCAGUUAACAUUUUGCUGUCAAUUUUACUAGAGAUUUCAGUAAAUGUAUAUCUCUAGAUUAUUCUCUGUUGUGCUGUCAAUCAGAGCCUGAGGAAAUUUGCGAUCACGAGACACACCCAACUUAUUUUUUGACUUCAAUUUUUGUUGACUUUUAAGUUGUUAUUGCUGGACCAGACUUGAGCCAUUACAAAAGAUGUGACUGCUGCGGGAUAUUAUACCCAGAAUAGUAGGUGAUAUCCCUUAAGACCAUCAAAAGACCCCACAAGACCUCGAGUCUGAAUUCAAGACACAGCGGGUAAUCAUAUUGCAAAAGCAUUCCUUUGCAUCCUGUUACUUUUGUCCUGUUUUGCGACUGUUCUUGGUUAAGACUGGUGAUGUGAGUGGUCUUGCGACUACUCUUUUGACCGCUCAGUGCCUGGUCUUUUUGUCCGGUCUUGUGCCUGGUCUAGUAACUGGUGUAGUGACUGAUUUUGUGACUGAUCUUGUCAGCUGAACUGACUUUUUACACAAAACAAUUUCUUGGUUGGCACAUGUAAAUUCACACAAAACAGCGUGGUACACACUCCAUUUAAUACAUGAUGCAACCCACGCCGCGUACACACUGGGCCUUGUUUAUGACAAGGCCAAAUGAUCCCCUUCUACUUUAUUAUAGAGUUUCCCAGCCAAUUUCGGAAAAUGUGUCAAUGAAUAAGUAAUAGCAGCAUUUGUCUUUGAGCGGAAUAGAACGAACGUUCAAAUCCCNCGUUUCUAUUUAAAAAAUAUCAAACCUGUUUUAUCGAGAAUGCAUUCAGUCGUAUGGAAUCAGCUUCCAAUUUCCUGAUUUGCGCUGGUUUAGUAUAUUGAUAUUCUUUUUUGCGGGAAACGGAAUGCACCUCUGCAAUCCUGUAUUCAUCUUAAUUUGAACUCAUGCUAUUUUGCAAAAUAUGCUGGCGAUUUCGCCUGUGUGUUAUUUCAGGAAUGCCUGGUCAAGAAUUAGAAUUCGUUUGUGUGCCAACAGAAGUUACAUUCUUAGAAGUGUUUAGUUGAUUGGUUAAAUAUUUGAAUAUUCAUGAUUGAAAUAAACCAAUCAUGCUGCCAUUGGAAACUACCAAUUAUUGCAGGAAACCCAUAAACACCGGCGCUGAGGGAACCUUCUUUCUUGUGCUGCGUUUCAAUCAUACAGACUUUUUUAUUUUUUUUUUUUACAGUUUGAUAACAAACGCGCUGUAAGUGAGUAACAUGACAUAUUUUGUUAAAGUGGUGUUGUGAUUUGUGCAACCUUGUAUAUACAUUUUAAUCAAAUUGAACGUAUAUUUUGCAGUUUUAAAUUAUAGCAAAUAUAAAUGAAUACUCACUUCCGAAGGGUCACGGUACAAGACAGAUUUCCACCGAAUAAGUUGGUGUAAUUGGCAAGGAAUACGUCAAUCCGAAAUCCAAGUCAUGUAUUUUUAACCUCUUUAAUGAAACAUAAUGCACGUUCAUUUAUUUGAAGGAUGCAAAACGAAAAGGAAACCAGGUUUUAAGUUGUUUUCAAAAUCUACGCUAAAUUGAAAUAUUAUUUUACAAAUUAGACCGCGCAUUUGCCGAAAUUGGCAGGGAAAAUAUAAUGCACGUAACCAUAAAACGUCAUAUAUAUACAUGUAGGUACCAAGCACCACUGACAUACAAAUAUACUGAGUAUGUUAGAGUAGUUCAUGCGUAUAACUAAGUAGUGGAAUACGUAUAAUUAUGUAAAAGUUGAUUUUUCCUUCACCUGUCACAAAGUUUAGUUGACAUUUAUGUUUUUGUUAAAAGAUGUUUCCAAAUAAAUUGUACCACAGAGCAGUCUUUUCCCACA